AUGGCCGAGUACCUCGUUCAGCCCUUCCCGUACUCGGACCUCCAGGUCCGUGCCAACAACGCCGCGCGUUCGUUCGUCGAGGCGGGCCGGCGCCUGCGCAUCGACCGCAGCCACGAGGCCCGCCUCGUCGCCGAGGCUGAGCGCUGGGAGAGCGCUGUCGUGGCCGAGAUCGACGAGCCUUGGUGGGACAAGUGGCGCAUCCGCGACCAGCGCAGCUUCCUCAAUGACAUGCGCGACCUCAAGACGCUGUACGACCGCCGUCCGGCUCAAGCCGGCGUCCCUCAACACCUGCCCGACCUCGCCGAGCCGCGCCUCAAGUUCAGCCGCAUCCAGAUCGUCGAGCAGAUCGUCCACCAGAUCGCCUCCUCGCCUCCUCUCGACACCGACGCUGGCCUGUGGGCGCAAGAUACCGGCGACUGGUUCCAGCUCGGGUUCGUCGAGCUCAUCAAGCCCGCCGACUUUCACCGGGCCGACAGCCGCUUGCGACGCCGAGUCGUCGCCGAGUUUGAGCGCCUCGACGAGCACUUGCUCGCGCACCACGAGCAAGGCCGAAUCAGCCGUUUGCCCGCACUGAGCGACAUAGAAUGGUUCGGGGCGCUCGUCACCCUUCUCGAAGAGAACAGGGUUCGGCUCGGUGUGCGCAAAGGCGCCGGCCUCAAGCUCAAGGACCAGUCGUUGGCCAUCGCCAACAUGCUGCGUGGCCUGCCGUGGUGGCGCGCACACCUUGAGUUGCAGGAGCGUCCGCCGUCUCUCCAGCGCCCUCGCGGGUCGACCUCGUCGACGCUCAUCCUCAAGACGCUCACGGAUCUCAGGGACGGGCCGUACUUGUCGACCCAAGAGGCCAAGUUUGGCGACAACAUGGGGCUGCUCGACAAACUGCGCGAGGAGGAGGACGAGCGCAGCUUCAGCGAGGCGUUCGCCAACUGGCGCAAGCGCAGAAAGAUCGGGCGCCUCGCUCUGCGAGAGCAGAUGCGCGACGAGUGGAUCGCCGAGCUGCUCGCCAGCAUCCCGGGCGCAUGGUGGGACAUGUGGCCCGCGCACGAGCAGCACAUGUUCUGCAACGAGGUGUACGCGAUCCAGCUCAAGUUCGAUAACGGCGACCGCGACCUCCCGGGCAGCACCUCGCUUCCGACCACGACUGAGACGACGUGCUCGACGACGCUGUACCGCAUGCGGCGGUCCGUCUGCCGCAUCCGCUACAUCGUCGGCCAGAUCGCGCACCACUUUCCCGCCGACGAGCGGCCCGCCGUCGACGUCUGGUUCCACGACGGCUUCCUCGCGCACAUGAGCGUCGCGUACUGGGACUCGCUCGGCGCUCCUUUCGGGCCCGACGCGCUUCACGCGCUCGUCGCCGUCAAGGAGUUCGAGAGCGUGCUCGAAAAGGUCGAGGCGCGCAGUGUCAGGUCGCCGGCUGAGCUGCCCGACAUCGGCCACGCUGUGCACUUCCCGGCGCUGCACCGGCUCAUGACCGCGUUCGAGAGGCUCCACCCCGAGCACGCCGAGUCGAGCGAGGCCGCCGUCAAAAAGCGGCAGCGCCGCGACCGGUCCGGCUCGGACGACGACCCGGCGCAGGGCGGGCUCAAGCGCCGUGCGACCGACCAGGAGCUCGCCGCGGCGGCCGCGCUAGUCGACAUGUACGUCCCGCGGCACAAUACGCGCAGCCUCGCGCACGUGCACGCCCAGCGCGUCGAGCUGAGCCUCAGACAGAGGGCGAGGUAUGGCAAGAGGUGGGCCGGCGUGUGA